GUUUCACCUACUGUAUCUCAUUUCCUCCCAGGACAAACUCAUCGUCAAAGUUUAACUUCCUUGGGGGGUUUUAAAACUCCGACAAAUUACAACAUAAACACCAUGAAUUUCGAUGAAGUAAAAAGGCAGCUCGAACAAGAGGGCAAUUCUAAAAAUGGGUCAAUCGUUGAUUCCAUGCCUUUCAAAUUCUUUGAGCCCUUUAUUGUUCAAGGCAUCAAAGUUGAUCUUGUUGAACCGGGUCGGGUCAUCUGCUCCAUGACUGUCCCUCCUCGUCUACUGAACACAGCUAAUUCAUUACAUGGUGGGGCCACUGCAGCUCUAGUGGAUAUAUUGGGUUCUGCUGCUAUAUAUACAACUAAAUUGGCUUCUCCUGGUAGUGGCGUUUCGGUCGAAAUUAGUGUGUCUUAUGUUGAUGCUGCUUAUGCCGGUGAGGAAAUCGAGAUAGAAUCUAAGGUACUACGUGUUGGCAAGGCUAUUGCUGUUGUCACUGUGGAACUGAGGAAGAAAAAGACGGGAAAAGUAAUUGCUCAUGGGCGUCAUACUAAAUAUCUUGCCGUUGCCAGUAAAUUGUGAGCACUGUUGCCUCAUCUGGAUAGGUUGUACUACUAUCCUGCAUUGUUGUCCAUUACAUGUGAAAAAUCAGUAUCUAGAUCUAUAGAUUAUACUAUUCGCGAUGCCUGGUAUGGCUAGCAGUUACUCGUUCUGCUAUGGAGCAUAAUAAAUCUUUACCUUCAUGUAUUUCAUUUGAUCAUAGUUAUUUUACAUGAAUGCUCAGUUUUCGUUUUCAAUUAUCUAAGUAUGAAUGCUCAGUUUUCAUUUUCAA